AAAAAACUACAGUCCAGCACACGCGCACGCACAGACUCAAACACCGUUGAGGCGCGUCAAAGCGUUCGGGCUCUUCUCCUGAACUCCCAUUCGUGGAGUAUAACAGCUAACCUGUCGUCCUUCGCCUUUAAAUGGCUUUCAUCAUGAUGAAAAAGAAGAGGUUCAAGUUUAAAGUUGAUGUGGAGCUGGAGGAGCUGUCAUCUGUUCCUUACGUGAACGGAGUUCUGUUCUGCAAGGCUCGGCUGACAGACGGAGGAUUUUCAGAUGAGUCUUCGAGAGAGCCAGUUCUGGUGAAUUGCGUGAAAUGGAAAAAAAGAUUCUCCUUCUUAUGUAAGAUGAGCGCUAAUGCAGGGACAGGGGUGUUGGAUCCGUGUGUUUUCCGGAUAUCCGUAAGAAAGGAGCUCAAAGGUGGGAAGACAUUUGCAAAGCUUGGCUUUGCUGAUUUAAACUUGGCAGAGUUUGCCGGUUCAGGAAGCACCACACGGCGCUGCCUAUUGGAGGGAUACAACACCAAAAACACACGUCAGGACAACUCUAUACUGAAGGUGAUAAUCAGUAUGCAGCUAAUGUCAGGUGAUCCUUGCUUUAAAACGCCUCCCUCCACUGCAAUGACCAUUGGUUUUCCAGGAGAAACAGAGACAUGUCUGCAUGAGGACAGAAGAGGAGAGACGCAGAGUACAACUCAAAUCUGUACAGAAAACCUAGGAAAAAGUGGCUUCAGUCAUGGUUCUGUUCCAGAUGAACUGGGAAAGUGUGGUCACUCAAGAACAGCCAGUUACGCCAGCCAGCUGUCCAAGUUUUCCGGCUACAGCACUGGUCAUUCGCGCUCCUCCAGCCUGACGGAGCUCUCUCAUAGGAGGAACUUGUCUGUGGGCAGUACCUCCACUGGGAUUGGCAGCCUACCAGAGCCCAGCGAGGACAGAGAGUCCCGCACACCUUUACCCCAGCACUUGAUUACUCCGUCCCACAGUGGGCUCACAGCCAGCAGGCACCCUGUUAAACAGGAUUCGGUUGAGUCUCAGCUAAAGCGAGUGGAUGCUACCAGAGUGGAUGCAGAUGAUAUCAUCGAGACGAUCCUACAGGGCCAAGACUUCAGCCACAGCAUACUGGACUCCAGUAAUGAAGAAGAGGGUCUGCGACUGUUUGUGGGUCCAGGAGGCAGCACUGCACUGGGCUCUCAGCACACCAGGUGA